AUGCUUGUAAGUAGAACUACAAACCGAAAGGUAUACAGGAUUGUAAAUGUUACUGAUAAUUAUAAUUCUUUAAGAGUUCAUUUAGAUGACUAUGUAAGUUAUAGUGAUGGAAGUUAUAAACACAUAGAUAUUGCUGGCUACUAUAGAUAUAAUAAUUACUAUUAUCAGGGUAGAUAUGUGGAAAUUGACAAUAGUAAAACUCGUUAUGAAGGGAGUGGUCAUGAAUUUAAUGAUAGUAGUGUGGUAAAGAUUACAGAUAUUAAUGCUGCUCUUAUAUACCAAGCAAGAGAAGAAUUUGCUAAUAUGCAAAAUCAAAAUACCAAUUUGCAGAACCAAAAUACUAACUUACAAAACUUAAUAACUCUUGGCAAAAACGAGUUGGAGGAAAGAAAUAGACAAAUAACAACAAAAGAUGAACAGAUAGGUAAACUUACUGAUCAAAUAAAAGAAGAUAGAGUAGAAUAUAAAUUAAGUAAAGAAAAAUAUGAGGAGUUGAGGGAUUUAUUUACUACUUUGCAAAUCCAAAAUAAUGAUAAAGAUCAGGAAAUAGAAAAAAAAGAAGGUGAAGUUAGGGAACUUAAAGAAGAAAGGGAAAAUUCGAAAGAAAAAACUCUUGACCAUGAGAUUAAAAAAAAAGAUACAAAAUUAGAAGAGCGAAUUAAGAAAUUAGGGGUUGACCGAAAAAAAAUUCGCGAACUGGGUAGAUUAUACCGGCAGUUAGUUCGAAUUAGGGAAGAUAAUUACAACCAGGACAAAAUAGAUGAGAUUAAUGAUAAAAUAAUCGAAAUUAAAGAUGAAAUCCUAGAUGAAGGAAAAAUUAGCACGGAUGAUGUUCAAAAACUUUUUGAGAAGUGUGAAGAGCUUGCUAAAUUGAAAAUAGAGCAUGAAAAGACAAUGGAAGAGAAAAAGUAUAAUCGCUUUACUGGUUCCUUAAAACCUCUUAAAAGUUUGACUAAACUAAAAAGUUUGUAUAUCGAAGAAACUGAUAUAGAUGGUGGUUUAGAGUAUUUGUCAGAUACAGUAGAAACUAUUUUAUGCUCUUUUCAGAGCCUUAAUCGGGAAAAACAAGAAUUACAGCAAGAUAUCUUUUCUCUCCAAGGAAAGUUUCGUUUAGAUGGCAAGGAAGUCGAAAGACUUAACAAAAGAAACAAAGAAUUAGAAGAAGAAAACUCGAUUCUUUACAAAAAAUUGGAAAAACUACAACUUGAAGGAGCAAAAAUAGAUGAAAAAGUUCGAAUUAAGAAAAAUGAAUUGGAAAGGAUAAAAUCCAAAUUAGAAACAAAGUUAGAAAACGAGUUUCAAGCCUCUUUUUUAGAGAAUUUAUUAAUUUUUCAGGAGCAGAUUAUUCGUUUAGAAGGAGGUAAUCAGCAAAUUAUAAAUUUAAGCCAAAAGCAGUUUGAUAAAGUAAAGGAAAAAUUAACCGAAAAGUUGAGUGAAGAAGAAAUAAAUGAAGUUUGUCAAGUUCAGGGAAUUAAUCCAGGGGCUACUCAAGAAGAAAUUAGAAAAGCCUAUUUAGAAAAAUCUAAACAAUACCAUCCUGAUAGACCCGGAGGAAGCAAAGAAAAGUUUCAAGAGAUUAAUGAAGCUUAUGAAAAAUUAGAAAUUGAUGAAGUAAAAGGCAAGUCUAGUGCUUUUGGUGAAGAGUGGAUAGACAAAAACAAUAAAAGUCAUACGAUUUGGAUGGAAAGUGCAAUUUUACUAGUAGAAUUUCGACUUUCUCUUUAUGGAAUGACUAAUCAGGAUGUUCUUGACGGUAAUUCAACAACUAAUGAGAAUGAGGAAGGUAAGGAAAAAGAGGUGGAAGAGGUAAUUAAAGGCAAGUUGAUUGACCAAAAUCAGAAUAGUGAAACUACCGAUAAAGAUCAACAAACUUCUUCCACUAACCAACCCUCAAAUGAGAAAACUUCUGAAAAAACUACUACUGAAGAUAAUAUUCAAGCCGAACAAACCAAAAAAAAUAAUGAAUAUAGCGAAAAUCUAAACCAGGCUGAAAAGCCCGGUGCCACUUUGGAAGAAAAAGCCGAAGCCAUUAAAAAAUCCGGUUUAAUGGUCGGAGAAGAAACUCCUGAACAACAGUCCCGCCGAGAAAAAAUAAAUGAAAGCAUUGGUAAACUUGGAGCCGAAAAACUAAUAAAGAGUUUAAAAAAAGAAGUAGAAAAUUUGGCUAAUGCUAGUCAGAAAAAGAUUAAAGAAUUAAAAGAAAAAUUAAAUAAAAUUAUUCACAGUAAGAAUAAAUAUGACCAAGAAUAUAAACAACAAGCCCAAUCUUUACUGGCUCAGUUAGAAAGCAAACAAGUUCAAAACCCAUCAGACAACAAUCAUCAUAGUUGCCAAGAAGAUGGUUGUCGCACAAUAAUUUCUUACGGAAGCUAUUGUUCUCAACAUGAUAGUAAACCUACUGUUCUUCUCAUAAACAAAGUUGCUAUUAUGGCAGUUAUCGUUGCCAGAAAAGAUCAGUUAAAUACUGCUAAUAACCAACUGACCGCGAAACGACAAGAAGUUAUUUGGCUACAAGAGCAGUUAAAAAUACUUAUUGGCGAAGAAGAGUAUCAGGCUCAAAUAGAAAUUGAAGGAACUGGAAAAUUAUUGGAAGGAGAGUUAAUUUUAACUAAUUUUCCUAAUUUAAAGGUUAAUGUUUGCAAUAAUAAAAUUACAGAAUUGGAGAUUAGCAGUUUAGAACAUUUGGAAUAUUUAAAUUGCGGUAAUAAUGAGUUAAAUGAACUCGAGAAAUUAGUUAAACUCAAAUGGGUUAAUGGUAAUAAUUUUGCUAGGCAAAUAAAUGAAGUUUAUGAAAAUAAAAUAGAAGGACUAAAAAAUUUCAUUAGUUAUUUGCAAAUAAUGGUCAAUGAUAAGAACCAUGAGUUAGAGAAAAAAGAAAGAAAGGUUAGAGAAUUAAAGGAGUUAUUAGAUGGAGGAAUUGAUGUAGUUGAUGCUCAAAAACUCUGCCACAAAUGUGAAAGUAUUGCAAAGUUAAGAGCGGAGCAAGAUAAGUUAUAUAAAGAAAGGUUUGAGGCAAAGCAAGAAGUUGUAUU